GUGUUGUAGUUUCUCAAGUGGAUUACUUGGUGCGGACUGCGAAGAGCGAAGCGAAUUAAGGGCUUAAAAUCGAAUGGCUCAAAUUGGACCACAGCUUCGGCUUUCUUCCAUGUCUUCGUCAUUCUUCAAUGGAGGAGGAGGAGACCGACGCUCGCUCUCCGCCUUUUUGUCUUUGAAACCUCCUUCUAACCUUAACAGCGCUAAGCCUCGUUCUUUUUGCAGAGCUUCAUGGCAAGAGCUGGCGGGAGUGUUGGUGUUUUCAGCAAUUCCGUUCACGGUGGUCAAAGCCAUCGCUAAUAGCCCUCUAGGCGAGUCCCUGCAGAGGCAAUUGUUAGAGAAGAAGAAAGAAGCUGUCCAAAAUUCUUCAAAGUUCCGGGCUUUAGCUGACAAGGCAAGAAAUGAGAGCUUCUGGUAUGGAGAGGAUCGCCCUCGCUGGCUUGGUCCCAUCCCCUAUGACUAUCCUGAGUACCUUACUGGAGAACUGCCUGGGGAUUAUGGUUUUGAUAUUGCAGGUCUGAGCAAGGAUCCUGUGGAUUUCCAGAAGUACUUCAAUUUUGAGAUACUUCAUGCUCGGUGGGCUAUGCUUGCAGCCCUUGGUGUUGUGGUUCCAGAAAUAUUAGAUCUGUCUGGCUUCUCUCACUUUGUUGAACCUGUUUGGUGGCGGGUGGGCUAUUCAAAACUUCAGGGAGAGACACUGGACUACCUUGGCAUCCCAGGUUUACACUUAGCUGGAGGGCAAGGAGUGAUUGUCAUUGCUAUUUGCCAGGCCCUCCUGAUGGUUGGACCAGAGUAUGCAAGAUAUUGUGGGAUUGAGGCUUUGGAGCCUCUAGGGAUUUACUUGCCGGGCGAUAUAAAUUACCCAGGAGGAGUGCUCUUUGAUCCAUUAAACCUUUCCAAAGACCCAGUAGCUUUUGAGGAGCUGAAGGUGAAGGAGAUUAAAAAUGGGCGCUUAGCAAUGGUUGCUUGGUUAGGCUUUUACUCCCAAGCGGCUUUGACAGGUAAAGGUCCUGUACAGAACCUACUUGAGCACCUCUCUGAUCCAUUUCACAAUAACUUAUUUUCCAUACUCAAAUCCAUGUAAAACAUAUUUGUCAACUGCACCCAAAAUAUAGAUACUUUGUAAAGCUCUUGGUAGACCACUUUUAACUUACUAAUAUAUAUAACUGAUGAUUAAUUAUGUGAAUGA